AUGGUCUGUAGCCUGUCUGAGGCAGAGAGGAAGCUGAAAUCUGGGUGUUUUCUGCUGCAUCGGCUUUUAGAUGAAGUAUACUUCUUGCUGCCAGUAAGAAAUUCUGAGGCACUGGCAGAGUAUUUCCAACUCCUGGAUGUUCAUCAAAAGAUUUACUUGAAUGACGAUGCUCACUGUUUUCCGGAUCUGCAGUUUUAUUGCUUUCUCUGUUAUGUGACCACCCUGAAUAAGGACGAGAUCAUGCUGCUGUUUGACUUGAACCAUCCUGAAAAGCAGUUCAUCCACCAGCAUGCAUGACCUACCUUUCAACUGCUGGGUAUAAAUAGGGAUAAUAUUAUUGAUUUUAACAAGUCUGAAGCCACAAGGUUUCUCUUCUGUCUCCAGAAAGAAGAACUUAAGAAGAUAUUCAAGGACUUUGAUAUUUCUGGAGAUGAACAACUGAACUACAGGGAAUUCAAGAUGUUUGCAGUCUUCUGCAUUGACAGACAACCACAAAAAGAGGAAGGGGAUCAUAAAUAUCCUCCCAGCAGGACCAGCAAGCUCCUAACAGACUGA